UUACAAUCAAAAUGAAAUCUGGCUGAAAUAUUUACCGAGAUGAUUAAAAAGUAAAAGAACUUGAUUUAAAUUUUCUCAGCAUGGUUGUUCGUAAACAAAUUGCCAAUAGUGUGAAAUACCCCCAUAUUUUUAGGAUACCGGACUCAUGUACAGCUAUUCACCUUUUCCGAAAUUUCAACUUAAAAAGCGAUUGAUCACAAACAAGACGAAUCCAAUUAUAAUACCACGCCUGCGAAAUCUCCGUGGCUAUAAACUUCCAGUUAUUGUGGGCGGCUCAACUCCACGACUUAUAGUUUAUCGUCGUCCAACUGGGGAGCUAGUCUACAGCGGCUACGUGGGCCAUUUGAUGCACUGCUUCGAACAAAAAUACAACUGCAGCUUGAUUCAGCCGGUUCCGCUAACCGAGAACACAUUGGUGCCAGCCCGGCAGCUGAUUGGAGCAGUGAGAAACGGCAGCGUCCAGUUUGCCUUUGCGGCAACUUAUCCGGGUAUGCCUCUCCAGGGUUACACGUAUCCCUUUGAGAUCCUUAACUGGUGUAUUAUGCUGCCCGUUCCAAGCCCAGUUCCGUCCAGUGAGCUCUACAGUCGUGUACUGGAUUUGCCCACUUUUCUGAUUGUACUCGGAUCCUUAGGACUGAUCUCAGCAAUACUAUCGUUUACCUUAUGGCGUUAUGGCUAUCGCGUUCAACCGUAUGAGUUUCUGCUGCACAACAAUUGUCUGAGAGGAGCUUUGGGUCAAUCUUUCAAUGAGGUUCUACGGGCGCCUUUGCUGGUGCGUGGCAUUUAUUUGGAGAUCUGUGUAUUGGGAUUCUUGCUCACCGCCUGGUACAACUCGUAUUUCUCAGCGUAUAUCACCAGCUCCCCUAAACAGAAGCCAUUCACGAGCUAUGAUAGCAUAUUGAACUCGGAUCUGAAGGUGGUUAUCUGGACUUCUGAGUAUCAAACGCUGCUCAGGUACGAUAGGCAAAUUCGAAAGUAUGAGGCGAUAUUUAAGAUCGAGCCAGACUUUGAGAAAUACCUAAAAAUGCGCGACUCGUUUAAUACUCUGUAUGGCUAUGCGAUGCCUAUACAGAAGUGGAACAUUAUAAAGCAACAGCAAAUGGUUUUUAGCUCAAUUUUGUUUACUAUGCGCGAGGACCUUUGCUUUUAUCAAGGCGUCCCAAUUAUGUUUCCCAUUGCUGAGAACUCUGUUUUCAGGGAGCCACUAGAGCGGUUGAUAGGAGAGGUGACUGCCACUGGCCUCAUGGUUCAUUGGCGUGACAUGGCAUUUAGUGAAAUGAUUAAAGCUGGCAAAUUGCGUUUGGUCGACCUGGGCAAGCCAAAGGAGUUCCGUGCCAUGCAGUUAAUGGACUUGAGCGACAUUCUAAUGGCUGGUGGAUUGAUGAUGACCCUGGCACUGGCCGUAUUUGGGCUGGAGCAACUAUGGUUUCACAAAAUGCGACUAAGACGAUAUUUGCGUGAGGGCUUAAAAAUUGCAAAGCAAUUAGUGCACUUAAAAUAAAAAAUUUCGAAGAUUACGCACUACGCAGCAUUUUUUGCUUUAAAAUAAAAAAUAUAUUACUGACCAGC